UCUUUAAUCGUGUUCAGCACCACGAAGAUAGUGUUCAGCACGGACAUUAGUACAAUACUACAAUAUCUUGUAUAGUAUUCUUGUCUAUGAAUAUCUUAGUCCGUGGUAUUUAGGAUCACUUUAUUCUGUAGUGUUUCAUCUAUUCAUAAAUCAUAAUGGCUGACGAGGAAUUUGAUCACGACGAUGGUGGUGCUGAUGACUUUGAUGAAGUUGAAGAUGAUGCAGAUUUAGAUGAAUUAGAUCAGCCUGAAGAAAAUGAAGAUAACAUUGAUAUAUUACCUAUUCAAGAAGCUCAAAGUCAAGUUCAAAAGUCUAAACGAAUCACAACUAAGUAUAUGACAAAGUAUGAAAGAGCUCGGGUAUUAGGUACAAGAGCCUUGCAGAUUGCUAUGUGUGCCCCUGUCAUGGUAGAACUUGAAGGUGAAACUGAUCCAUUACAAAUUGCAAUGAAAGAAUUGAAGAAACGUAAAAUACCUAUUAUAAUUAGAAGAUAUUUGCCAGACAAUAGCUAUGAGGAUUGGGGAAUUGAUGAACUAAUAAUAGUUGACCAGUAAAAUCUAUUUUAUAUACUUUAAAAUUGUAAGAUCAUUUUUAUUUUAAUAUUACCUAAUUACAAUUAAGCUUUUUUGUUCUUUUUUCAUUGAUUUAUUCAAUGUUUGUAUCAUUUUUUAAUAAAAAGUUAAAUUUCUAUGA